GUGCGUCAUCAACUGCGCCGGUGUCCGAGCUCUCGUCGCAGGUGUACCAUGGCGGAAGUGGGCCGGGAGUUGGUGAGCGACCCUGGCGGGCUGCUCCCUGGAGGUUUCUGGGCGGCAGUGGCAGUGUGGCUGGAGAGGCCGCAGGUGGCCAAUAAGCGGCUAUGCGGCGCCCGUCUGGAGGCCCGCCGAAGCGCUACACUGCCCGCGGCCGAGCCCCGCCGUCCCAGGCCGAGCGCGGGCCCGGAUCAGAAGUGGGACGCGGCCUUAUGCGGGCCCCAGGAGGAACCUGGCCCCGGUCUUGUCGAGGGGUAUCCCGGUCCCAGGCCGGAAUUAGGACCGGAGGAAGGCACAGCUUGUCGCAGACAUGAAGACACCCAGGAUCAGCGCCAACAGGGGAAGGAGCAGAGGGAAGCAGCCGCGGCUCCCUUCCUUGCCGAGAACCCUGGGCAGCCCCUUAGGCCUGGAGGCGGGGAGGAGGACCACCCCGCCGCAGAUCUGGAUUCGCUCUGGAACCGUUUUUCCCAAAGUCUUGUCUACAGCCAUCCGGAGAUGCUGUCAUUCCUCACGUGCUCCGGAGCAGGAUCGCAGUCAGAGGCACCGCAUGAACUCGACCUGGUCCUAAGAACUGUCAUUCCGAAAAAGAGCCCGCAUUGCUUGGUUACAGCUCCGAGGAGAGAAAUAGUCUUGCAGGAUGUCCCAAAUGGAACCGUAACUUUCCUACCUCUGGAAGAAGAUGAUGAGGGGAAUUUGGAGGUUAAGACGAGCAAUGUGUAUCAAAUUCAGCUCAGUCACAGCCAAGCAGAAUGGUUCAUAUCUGUUUUGAUUUUCUGUCCAGAGAAGUGGCAGUCGGACGGAGUUAUCCACCCCAGACCCGCCUGGCUGGGAGCAGAGCUGCUGGGCCGAUUGGCCCGGUGGUGCGUGGCCAGCAGGAAGAGCGAGUUCAGGAGCACCCUCUCCCUUGUCUCCAUCUCGAGGUACAGUGCGCUGUACCAGGAGCUCAAGGAGAAGUACAGAGACAUGGUGAAGGUGUGGCCUGAGGUAACUGAUCCUGAAAAGUUUGUGUAUGAAGACGUGGCUAUCGCUGCAUACCUGCUGAUCCUGUGGGAAGAGGAGCGAGCCGAGCGGGGCGUGAGCGCCAGGCAGUCCUUUGUGGACUUGGGGUGCGGGAACGGCCUCCUGGCCCACAUCCUGUGCAGUGAAGGGCAUCCAGGAAGAGGGAUCGAUGUCCGAAGAAGGAAAAUCUGGGACAUGUAUGGACCACACACUCGGCUAGAGGAAGACGCGAUCCGCCCGAGCGACCAGACCCUCUUCCCUGACGCUGACUGGCUGAUCGGCAACCAUUCUGAUGAGCUCACGCCCUGGAUCCCCGUCAUCGCAGCCAGGUCUUCCUACCGCUGCCGGUUCUUCGUGCUGCCUUGCUGCUUCUUCGACUUCGUUGGCAGGUACUGCCGCAGGCAGAGCCAGAAGACGCAGUACCGAGAGUACCUGGACUUCAUCCAGGAGGUGGGCCGGGCCUGCGGCUUCCACGUGGAGGAGGACUGCCUUCGGAUCCCUUCCACCAAGCGGGUCUGCCUCAUUGGGAAGUCCAGGAUAUACCCUCCUGCCGCGGAAGCUGGCAUGGAUGAGCAGAGGGCUCAGUACAUCCACAGCAGGCGGGGCCUGUCUGGCAGGGAGCCUCCCUGUCCUGCACCCCAGGCUGCUGCCUGCAGUGCCGGUCACCCAGGUGGCGGCGGAGCCUUGGACACCGGAGCUCAGUGUAACCCUGAGGCCCCAGUUCCUGAGGAUGGGGCCGAGGCCCGGGCUGGGGGCCCCUGGGUGCCUGGAUUCCACCCUCGAGAAAAGGUGGAACGCGUGAGGAACUGUGCCGCCCUCCCUCGAGACUUUAUCGACCAAGUGGUUUUGCAAGUGGCGAAUUUAUUGUUAGGCGGAAAGAAGCCCAGCGCAGGAAGCCCGCAGGAGGGGACUUGGAAGACCUGGAAUGGAGGAGAGAGCCUGUCCUUGGCGGCAGUGGCCCAGCAGCUGGAUGGGGCGACCCUGCGGAGGCUGAAGCGGGAGUGCGGCGGCCUGCAGACACUGCUGCGCAACUGCCACCAGGUGUUCGAAGUUCUGGACGGCCGAGUCCACAUCCGCGACUGGCGACGUGAACUGCAGAGGGAGAAGCGCUCCGAGGCCAAGCGGGGAUCGAGCUCCGAGACCUUCAAGACUCGCGCCUGCUGGUUCUUCACGCAUCACCCCGACGGCUGCGUGCUGCCCUCCGCCAGCUGCCCUUUUGCCCACGGGCCUCAGGAGCUGCGGCCACCUCGGCCCCCCAAGAAGAGGCAGGCACUGUGAGCCGCCCUUCACAGAGCCAGGGCACCGACCUCCCCAUGCAGGAACCGGGGUGCAGGACACUUCUCCACUUCUCCACGUGGCUGGCCUCUUGGUGCUGGGCACUGUGGGCUCAGCCCGCUUCCCCAAGGGACCUGGAGUAGAGCGCACUGGGGUCUCACGUGCCGCCAGCCCCCGGGCCCCUGCCGUGACGGCGGAGGCUUUCCACUGCAGCUGGGCCCCGAGUCCAGAGCGCAGACGCAGUGCUGCGGCGCCUCUCCGGGGUGCUGGGGGGUGGGGGUGGUAAGUUCUGCCCCUGCCUGCUCCGUGCACAUCGCGAGGCCAAAGGUGCGACAGUUCCGUCCACUCCUUCCAGAAGCCCUGUGCGUUUCCAUUUAAAAUCAUUUCCACAGUUUU